AUGUCAAAGGAGAAUGAGAAACAGAGAAUUGAACCUAUAACAUUUCUCACCAAAAUCAAGUGUGAGCCCAAUACACCAUUCAGUAUUAAGCAAAAUGCAGAUAUUAUGGACACAAUCCAGAAGGAGAAAGAGGAGGACACAGGGAUUGUCCCUAGUGCAGAACUGAAUGAUUUGGACACAGAUAAGGAAGAGACAAUCCAGAAGGAGAAAGAGGAAGACACAGGGAUUGUCCCUAGUGCAGAACUGAAUGACUUGGACACAGAUAAGGAAGAGACAAUCCAGAAGAAGAAAGAGGAAGACACAGGGAUUGUCCCUAGUACAGAAAUGAAUGACUUGGAUACAGAUAAGGAAGUGACAAUCCAGAAGGAGAAAGAGGAAGACACAGGGAUUGUCCCUAGUGCAGAACUGAAUGACUUGGACACAGAUAAGGAAGAGACAUUCCAGAAGGAGAAAGAGGAAGACACAGGGAUUGUCCCUAGUACAGAACUGAAUGACUUGGACACAGAUAAGGAACAGACAUUCCAGAAGGCGAAAGAGGAAGACACAGGGAUUGUCCCUAGUGCAGAACUGAAUGACUUGGAUACAGAUAAGGAAGAGACAAUCCAGAAGGAGAAAGAGGAAGACACAGGGAUUGUCCCUAGUGCAGAACUGAAUGACUUGGACACAGAUAAGGAAGAGACAAUCCAGAAGGAGAAAGAGGAAGACACAAGGAUUGUCCCUAGUGCAGAACUGAAUGACUUGGAUACAGAUAAGGAAGUGACAAUCCAGAAGGAGAAAGAGGAAGACACAGGGAUUGUCCCUAGUACAGAACUGAAUGACUUGGAUACAGAUAAGGAAGUGACAAUCCAGAAGGAGAAAGAGGAAGACAUAGGGAUUGUCCCUAGUGCAGAACUGAAUGACUUGGAUACAGAUAAGGAAGUGACAAUCCAGAAGGAGAAAGAGGAAGACACAGGGAUUGUCCCUAGUGCAGAACUGAAUGACUUGGACACAGAUAAGGAAGUGACAAUCCAGAAGGAGAAGGAAGGAGAUGCAGGGGUCAUUCCUAGUACAGAACUAGCUGACUUGGAAGCAACAGAUAUGAUUGUGGAAGAUACAAUUCAAGAAGUGAAGGAACAAGAUGCAGAAGCUGACAGUACAGAAGUGAAUCAUUCUGCUACAGCAGAUAUGAUUGUGGAAGAUACAAUUCAAGAAGUGAAGGAACAAGAUGCAGAAGCUGACAGUACAGAAGUGAAUCACUCUGCUACAGCAGGAGAUCUAGACUUGAUUGUCAUUGAUUCUAAUUUGAAUACUUCCAAAAGAAGGUCUUUAAAGUUUUGA